UUUUGACUGAACUUGUGUCAUAAUUUGUGCUUUUCGGAAUAGCUUCCUUCUUGCGGUGAAGUAAACAAAGCGAAGAGGCGAAGGGGAAUCCAACCCAUAAUCUCCGAAUCCGAACUUUAUUUCAAGUCGAUCAGCAUCUCUUUGAUUCUCUUACGCAGCAAACAACUUCAACUUCAAUCUCAUCACACCUCACACCUUUUCAAUAUGCGUUUCCCCACAUCAACGACACUGAUCGUCACGGCUUUGGUCUCGCGAGGAUUUGCCACCUACGCACCGAUCUCAACUCCAUGCCCCUCAACUUCUCUCGUCCGAACCGCAACCGGUCUUUCGGAUGAAGAAGAAGCCUACCGAACAGCCCGAAAAGCGAAAGCUGAUGUGGCCUUGGUCGACUGGCUUCUCAAGACCAACUGCGGGUUCGACACUUCUGGUGAGCUGCCUGCAGUAGCUCUCACAAGCAGUGGAGGUGGAUUCCGCGCAUUGCUCGCUGGAGCUGGUGUCAUCCGAGCAUUCGAUGGGCGGGACAGCAACGUCAGCACCAGCGGUCUCUAUCAAGGCUUGACAUACCAUUCUGCCUUGUCAGGGGGCUCUUGGUUGUUGUCUUCCAUCAUUGCAAAUGACUUUGCGACCAUCAGCAGCUUGAUGGAGAUCUGGAAGCCAAAUUUUGCAAAUGGUCUCUUCAGUCCUGAGGGAAGCAAUGCCACCGCAGUCUUUGCUGAUAUCGAUACCGAUAUUGCCCUCAAGCAAGCGGCUGGGUUCAAGGGAACAGUCGCAGAUGCUUGGUCCCGCCUCUUGUCCUUGCAAUUGCUUCCAGGAGCCAACUAUGGCGCCGGCAACACACUGUCCGCCAUCACCAGUCUCUCAAGCUUCGUCGACAACGAGAUGCCCUACCCAAUCAUCACAGCCAUGAACGUCGACCUCAGCGGCACCUCCUGCAUCCCGCCCUCUAACGGCUCAAUCUGGGAGUUCACUCCUUAUGAAUUCGGUACCUGGGAUCCUGAAGUUGCAGCCUUCACACCCACGGCCUACCUAGGCACAUCCCUCUCCAACGGAAUUCCUGUUUCUUCAAACUGCACAACCAACUACGACAACCUCGGUUUCGUGCUCGGAACCUCAUCGACCCUGCUCAAUGACCCUACCAUUGGCACCGCUGGAUCCCCAGACCUGCUGUUGGCGAAUCUGUGUACCUCGACUGCUACCUCGAACUCUACCUCUUCCGUCGAUGAACUUACAUUGGAGUUUAAGGAGGACAUCUUCGCCCUGCUCGUCGAGAUCCCAGACGUCACAUUCACAUCCGCAGCGGAUUUAUUUGCAACCUGGCCGAACCCCUUCUACAACCUCUCUUCCUCUCCUCUCGUCUCAGCCCAGGAAAACCUCGCCAUGGUAGACGGCGGCGAAUCAGGACAGGUGAACCCUAUCUUCCCCUUCCUACAGCCAGCUCGAAACGUCUCUGUAAUCAUUGUAAACGACAACGAUGGUGAUACCGCUGCCAUUUAUCCCGAUGGCGCAGAACUGUAUUAUACCUAUCUCGCCGCCUCGGCUGCUGGCUUGAGCAGGAUGCCGUUUGUUCCGUCCCCGGAUGUGCUGGUGGCGAAGAAUAUGAGCGAUAGCCCGGUGUUCUUUGGUUGUGGAGAUGUCAGUACGGCGACGGUGGUGUGGAUUCCUAAUGCGCCGCUCACGCCUGCCGGGGGCGUGAUCGAGACGGCGCAGAUGCAGAUUAAUGAGACGCAGACGGAGAGUAUGGUUGCUAAUGGAGUGGCGGUGGGGAGCCAAAAUGAUAGCGCGGAGUGGGCUACUUGUCUUGGAUGUGCGAUUAUGGAGGGGAGUGGGAAAAGGUUGCCGGAGGACUGUGCGGCGUGCUUUGGGAAGUAUUGCUUUAAGCAAUAGAACAGGAGAAGGGAGGGGAUCGUUGCUUUCUUGCACAUGUUUUUAAAUGAAACAGUGAUAUAUGUU